AUGGGCUUUGGUGGUGGUUGUGUGGCGACGCUGGUGGUGGGAGUGGAGAGGAGGGAGGUUGUGAAGGCUGAGAGUGAUGGGUAUUCGGUGUUUUGCAAGAAAGGACUAUUGGAGGAUGCUAGGAAGCUUCUUAAAGAAAAAUUAGAUGAAAAUUGUGACAACGGAAGAUCAAAUUUAAUCACUUUUACAAUACUCAUGGAUGGUCACUUCAAGAAUGGAGAUACGAUGCAGGCUUUUGUUUUUUGGGAUGAGAUGCUCCAAAGGGGUACCCAAAUGGAUGUUAUUUCCUAUAAUGUUAUAAUUCAUGGAUUUUGUUCGAGCCGAAACGUGACAGUUUCAUAUAGAUACUUAUUUGAAAUGUUCAAGAGUGGCCUUAUUCCCGAUGUUUUCACUUACAAUACACUUAUAAGUGCGCUUUGUAAGGAAGGAAAGAUUGAUGAGACUUGUUAUAUCUACAGUGUUAUGUCAAGAAUGGGGGUGGCUCUUGAUCAUAUCACAUACAAAAUGUUUAUUCAAGGCCUUUGUAUUCAGGGGCAUGUAAUCAAGGCUAAUGAGUUUCUUGUUUCUAUGUUAGAGAAUUUGAUUGUACUUGGGCCUCUCGUUUGGAGUGCUAUAAUUGAUGGCUAUGGUAGAAGUGGAGAUAUUCAAAAUGCUAAAAAUUAUGAUUAUGUUUGA